AUGGAUACCCACAUCGACGGUCGUUUUGAGCGCCUUGAAAAAGCGCUGACGAGUCUGAUCGACUCAGUCACGAAAUACCAUCCCUCGACCGCCUAUGGCCGCGAACUCGAGAUUGCAGACGACGAGCUGUGCAGAGGUCUUGAAGAAGUCCAAACCCACCAGAACAACUACCUCCGAAUACAGAACCUGCGCGAGUCCUCGACUGUUCUGGACGCCCAGAUUCGCGAGACGUUGUCAAGCCUCGCUACCACGCGCAAGGACAUCGUCACCACGCAGACGACCACAUUCCCCGCCGGGCCCAGCUAUGCCAUCGGAUAUGAGGAGCUUCUCAGCUAUGCUCGCCGCAUCAGCAAGACCACCAUGCCCCCCGCCGGCACCAUCAACGGCCUACCGCCCUCCCCAGACAUCCAGACGCCCCUGCCCGACUCGCAGGCUCCCUCGGUGAUGACGCCCUCCGCGCCCCCGUCGUCGCAGGUUCAAAGCCCAGCCGUAAUGAACGGGACGCCGCAGAUGACUUCGGAGCCCCCUACCCAACAGACCACCAUGUCGGCCAAUACGGUUUUGCCUGAGAUCAUGAGCCAGUACCUCAACCCCCUGUCAGGCCAGCUCUUUUUCCCCUGGCCGCUCGAGGACAAGAUUCGUGCCGGGUCUCUUGCCUCAAACCAGGUCUUGUCCGAGCAAGGCAUUGACCCCAAGGGCUAUGAUCCCGUUGAGGAGGAAGAGCGCAAGCGACGUGAGGAAGAGGAUCGCAAGGAGAAGGAAGAGAAGGAGCGGCUCGAGCUGGAGGAGCGCGAAAGAAAGAUGCGCGAGGAGAGAGAGCGCAUCAGACAGGAGCGCGAGCGCCAGCGCGAGAAAGACCAGGAGUCGUGGCGCCGAUCCAGCAUCGCUGGUGGUGCUUCUGCCCAGCCCAGCGCGAACAGGGCCCCUACUGGGCCUGCGACCACGAAGCAGUUCCAGUUCACCAACUUGGAUGAUCUGGAUGAUGAUGAUGAUGAGGAUUGA